CUCUCGGUCGCCACCGACAGGAAGCACACGAAGAGCACAUUUCAAACGCUUGGGAAAGAAGUGUGCCUCUCAGUUCAUUCGAUGUACCCUGGCCCCCGUGCUGUUCUACGAGAGCCCAUCUGCUGCGAGUGCCAGACCAAAUUUGGGGGCCGCCUGCCUGUUCCCAGGGCCGAGGCAGCACUGCCUUACUGGGUCCCUCUGUCCCUGAGACCCCCAAAACAGAUGGUGAAAAGACAGCAGACUUUCACAGGCGUCCAAGAAACCCCCUUGGACUUGCACUCCUGGUACAACCGCUGGCAGGUCUGCUGCGAUGAGGACCUCCUGCUGAAGUGGCAGCAGCUCCAGGCCCUUCACCAGGAUGAGCCACUGGCCCUGGGGAGGGGAGCCAGCUCUCCGGCCUCCCUCCUGUCCCUUGGCCUCAGCCUUCUGACCCUCCUUCAGGUCAUCCUGAGGGUCAUUGAGGCCAUUCGCCAGUUUUUUUGGGUUUGAAGUUGGACUCUCCAGCUACUGUCAAGAACAUCGACAGGAAUGUUAGUCACAGUCAAGAUCUUUAACAAAAAUCCUCAGAUCAGGAGGAGUCCAUGAUGCCCACUGUUUUCUCGUGCACUAUAAUUCACACCCAGGAUCCAGUCCUGGUGAUCCAUCAUCAGGUGAUUCUCAGUUGUAGCAGAGUGGAUGCGAGCGUGGGUGACAUUGUUAUGAAUGCAGCCAAUAAAUGUUAUUUGUGAAACUUUAAAA